CAGCUCCAGGUAUAUUUUGGAUCGACCCAACAUCAACCAAAGGCGUACUAUCAAACUACAUCUCACCUGCCGUACACGCCCUCGUCGUUGGUGGGUGCCGCCGACUCGAUCGAGUGCGCCGUGUGCAAUAUCAGGACCCGGUAGGCGCUGCGGCGCAUGCAUGCUGCGGCCGGGUAGAUGAUCCCGAGUUCCGGCUGAAAACUUCCCUUCCUAUCCUACCCGCAGCAAGGACUGCGUGCACAUCUUAGCAGCGGGAUUGGAGUAGCGGUCCGAGUCACGCUGCUGCACGCGCGGGCGGUCGUUGGAGUGGCCGACUGCGAGAUCGAUCGGAGCAGCUCGGGACGGGAACCCGGCCGCGUCCGUGCGUGACUCCAUGGAGAACGGCGGCCGCGUGGCCGCGAUCGCCGUGCCUCUCCUCGUCUCCGCGCUCUUCGUCGCAGCCUUUUUGCUGCCGCCUUACUCCUCCUCCUUGGGCGGCGGCGGCGGCGGCGCCGAGUCAGCCAGCAUCCGGGAGCACUUCCUGCGGCACGUUCCGCAAAAGCCGUCGCGGACGCCGCCGGUGCCGAGCGCGCAACUCGCCGGGAAGGUGAGCGUCGGGCCGAUCGAGGAAUCCCUGGCCCGGUCUCGGGCGGCCAUCCGCCGCGCGGCUCGCGGGGCUCCAGCAGCGACUGCGGCGGCGGAGAACGCUCGGCGUCGGCGGAGCUUCAAGGACGUCGGCGACGCCUUCGUGCCGCGAGGCGCCAUCUACCGAAACCCCAGAGCUUUCCACAGGAGCUACCUGGAGAUGGAGAGGAAGUUCAAGAUAUGGACGUACAGGGAAGGAGAGCCGCCGCUGGCGCACCUCGGCCCGUCCGCCGACAUCUACUCCAUCGAGGGCCAGUUCUUGGAGGAGAUCGAGGACCCCCGGAACCCCUUCGCCGCGCGCGACCCCGGCGAGGCCCACGCCUUCCUGCUCCCGGUCAGCGUCUGCAACCUCGUGCACUACAUCUACAGGCUCAACACCACGGCCUACAUGGCGCACAUGCGCCGCGCGCUCGCCGACUACGUCGACGUCGUCGCCCACAAGUACCCCUACUGGAACAGGUCGCGCGGCGCCGACCACGUCAUCGUCUCGUGCCACGACUGGGCGCCUCUGGUCUCCGAGGCGAACCGGGAGCUCUACGCCAACGCGAUCCGGGUGCUGUGCAACGCCAACACCUCGGAGGGCUUCCGCCCGCGCAAGGACGCCACGCUGCCGGAGGUCAACCUCGCCGACGGCCUCCUCCGCCGCCCCACGCUCGGCCUCCCGCCCGAGAACCGCACCACGCUCGCCUUCUUCGCCGGGGGCAUGCACGGGCACAUCCGCAGGGCCCUGCUGGGGUACUGGCUCGGCAGGAAGGACCCGGACAUGGACAUCCACGAGUACCUCCCCGCGGGGCAGGACUACCACGCGCUCAUGGCCAGGGCCCGGUUCUGCCUCUGCCCCAGCGGCUUCGAGGUGGCCAGCCCGAGGGUGGUGGAGUCUGUGUUCACCGGCUGCGUGCCCGUCAUUAUCUCGGAUGGGUACCCGCCGCCGUUCAGCGACGUUCUGGACUGGAGCAAGAUGUCGGUGACCGUGCCGCCGGCGAGGAUACCGGAGCUCAAGGCCGUACUCAAGGGGGUGUCCGAGCGGAGGUACCGGGUGCUGCGCGCCAGGGUGCUGCAGGCGCAGCGGCACUUCGUGGUGCACCGGCCGGCGCGGCGGUUCGACAUGAUCCGCAUGGUGCUGCAUUCCAUCUGGCUCAGAAGGAUCAACGUUAGGCUCCCAUACUGACGCAGCUUUCGGUCAGCUUCAUUCAUGUGCUCAAUUAUUGUACAUUAUUCGUGUCUUCCGGUUUUAUUUCGGACAUGUAUUGAUAUAGUAGGGUUUUUUUUUGUUGACCGUCAAAUGUGUUAUCUUGAGUUGAAGAUUAUACGGUUCUAGCUA